AUGCGGACUAACGCUUCUUCAGGUCCUACUAAUGGAACAGAAGAUACUCCUUCUCGUCGGAACGGCGGGCGACCUGAGAAUGGCUAUGGACACCCCGUUGAGAAUAGUUCAAGUAGCACAGAGUCUCACACAAGCCAUCCCCAGGGACCUCCAAAUACAGAUGCACUUCCUCUAUCAGAAAUACCGAACAAUGGAUCCUCACAGCCUCGGAUCUCACCAAUUCCGGAGACUUCAGUUGAAGAUCAACACCCGAUAGAAGAGGGGACCAACGGCAUGGAACCAGCAAUAUCAGCCGCUGAAGAGAGCCUAGCCCAAGACACAUCUCUAGUGUCUGUCCCUACGGCGCCUGUAGUGGCUGAAGAAUCACAAGCGCCACCUUCAUCACCUGAAGCUCAGGCCGGGGUCAAACAGCCUGAAAACACAGAGCAACUACUCGAGAGACGACAUAACACUCGGUCACCACCACGGCCCGAGGAACGAAUCCCGAUAAACAAGAACACAGAAACCGCUCCAGUUCUUCAGACAGAUAUAUCUGCCACAAGGAUCUUAUCGCCACGUGGUAGCUCCGUCGAGGCCCUUGAAGCUAGCCAUGCGCCGACUACUGAUGACGACGUCGACAUGACUGAGGAUGUUUCACCAUCCAAAGGUGACGCACCAGAGCAAGACAGCCGGACGUCUCAAGGGCCUUCUACGAAGCCGAAAAAGCCUCGUGGUCGCCCGCGGCAUCAAUCUAUGACAAACCCUACUCCGGAACUGAACGUGGAAGCCGCUGUACAGGAACCUGCGACUGAGGCGCAAUAUGAGCCCGCGUCAGCCCAAAUUGAGGAAGCGCCAAAGACCAAACGGUCUCGAGGGAGACCCUCACUUAACAAAAGGACCAUUGAAGCUAUCGAGACUGACAAGACUCCACCUGAAUCUAUACCAGAUGUCGCGGAGUCCUCUUCGGGGGCACGUCGGGAUCGCAAGCCAACAUCACAAAAGGAUGGCCAGCCGGAAACUGUGAUGGAAUUUGCAGUGCCCAAGCCACAACGUGGCAGAUCUGGGAAGAAAGCGAAACGCGCAGCCGAAACUGAGCCCAAACCCGAGCCUGAACCUGCGACAGCAGACCAGCCAGAACCGGAGGCAGAAUCUGCGGUGCCUAAGUCUCGUGGCAGGCUUGGGAAAAAGACCAAGCAUGCAGCCGAACCUGAGCCUGAGACAGAAGAUCAACCAGAACCCGAAGUAGAAUCUGCAGUAUCCAAGCCCCAGCGUGGCAGGCCUGGAAAGAAGGCCAAUCGCGCGAUGGAUCCUGAGCCCGAACCCGAGCCUGUCACAGCAGACCAGCCUGAACCCGAGCACUCUGCUGCACCCAAGUCACAGCGCGGCAGACCAGGAAAGAAGGCUAAGCGCGCAGUGCAUCCCGAGCCGGAACCCGAGGCAGAAUACCAACCCGAGCCUGAGCCUAUACAAGAACAGCCUCGUCGCAAGACUCGAGAGCCUCGUGGAGAAACAGUCCCGGUCACCGUUUACCGUCUUGCGAAUGUCAAUUCUCUAGGUGGCACAACAUCUACGGCCGACGGUUCUGGAGACGAAGAAGAAUCCGCCGAUGAACUCACCACGCACCAGAGGGCCAAAAUACCCAACCGCGGCGGUGUCAACCCGGCUGAUGUAUUAAGCCAGAUCUGCCGUGAGACUCUGGAGAAGACACUCAAUACACUCAAGGAUGGGAUUGCAAACGAGGCGAAUGCUACGCGACGUGCAGAAUGGUCGCGCAAGAGAAAAGCCGUUGAAGUAUUUGGCUCGGAGCUUGAGAGCCGCCUCAUGGACCUAAGUGGGAUACUCGAUAGCAAUUUUGUGCUCGGCGUGCAAUUGAAGAAGACCAAGCGGGAGAUGAUGGAUCUACGGCAUCAUCUAUACCGGGUCCGUCGAGAACGCGAGAACAUAGCUUUACAGAUGGAUGCGGUGCGCAGCAGACAUAUUGAAGGAGAGAAGGCCAAACAUUCACGAUCCUCGAUCAGCAAUUCCCUUCACAGCCUUGAAUUGGCCCUCGACCGCAGCAAGCAACGUUCUGCUUCUGCGGAUUCUUCUACGGAUCUUGAAUAUAUGCUUCGCACCGUUGCCGAUGUGAGUGCCCGAGCCCCUGGAGCACAAGGUGGUCUCUUGAACCAAAUCCGGGCGUUCAAUGCACAGCUCGAAGCUACUGUUGGUCGCCUGGAGCGAUGA